GAGGUUUCCCCGGGGAGCUGGUGCAUUCGGCCGGGGUGCGAGGUGCUCAGUCCUCUCCCGGUCAGUGACUGGGGUCCCGGAUAACAUGGAGCUUCCCCGCGCCCACGUCCAGUACCUGAAGUCGCUGGGAAUCAAAGUGAAACAUUUCAAACUGGACACGGACAAGUCGUCAUCGAGUGGGCUGGUGUUUGGGAACUCGCUACAGGCACUCCCCCAGUACAGGCUGCCAGACGGGAGUGGCACCAUCCCAAGGUUCCUGAUGGAGGCGUGCAGCUUUCUGAGUCAGUACAUUGAGACUGAGGGCAUCUUCCGCAAAUCUGGCUCGGCGUUUCGGAUGAAGAAUCUGAAGGCUAAGCUGCAGCAAGGAGACUGCUCCCUCGAGCUCUCUUCCACCUCCGACGUUGCCGGCCUGUUGAAGCAGUUCUUCCGGGAGCUGCCGGAGCCCAUCGUUCCCGCCGGAUUCCACGGCCCACUCUGCCAGGCCCAGCGACUGCAGACAGAGGACGAGCGGAGUGCAGUCACCCUUCUCUUGACCUGCCUGAUGCCCAGGCCCAAUGUGACCACCAUGAAGUAUUUCCUCUCCUUCCUCCAGACGGUUGCGGGCAGGUCAGAAAAGAAUAAGAUGGGAGUCCGUAAUCUCGCGGUGGUCUUCACUCCAAACCUCUUCCAGCUCUUUGAUGCGAAUGGCAAACUGGCAGGAAACGUAGCAGAGGUGCUGCCAUUGCUCACCCAAGCUGCAGAGACUCUCAUCACCCAAGCUCAGAGCAUUGGUCACCUCCCGCCAUUUGUUUUGGACAAGCUCCCCAUCCUCCUGGAUACGGAAGCUGGUUCCGUGACCUCUGGUGAUCCGGGCGGACAGAGGCUCUUGGUGAAGCAGAGGAAGCGGCUGUGGCAUAGUGUCGGAGUUAUAGUGAGUGGAGCCCUGAGCAGAUUGAAGACUUCGAUCACUCCCCAGCCUGACAAGUCCACAGUUAGUCAUCAGCAAGAAACAAGUCCUGUGGUUGAAGCUACGCUCACAUCCAAGAGGAAGGCAGCUGACAAUUCUGCCCGGAUUUCAGGCAUCACACCGAAGAAGAGGAGAUCGGUGACCGACUCCAUGGAUGUGGAGCCUGAACCUCGCGUGGAUAGUGGGAGUCCAGGAGCGGAAGACUUGCCCCCUGCAGAUUUCAGCCAGGAUGAGGAUCUGUUUUCUGCAGCAUCUUCAAGCCCUUCUGCGUUCCUGAAGCCUAUGAAGGAAGGAGACAUCCUGUCAGCAGGGGGCAGGAGAAUUCCAUCUACCUCUUCAGCGACCAGGAUGGGAAGCAGAAAAGCAGGAAGUAAUGGGGAGCAGAGAGUUCCAUUGAAGAAAGCAGGCACUCCACGUACAGUAGACCACUGGGAGAGGGUCGAGGAAUCGCCACAGUGCCUUGGUCUAGCUGGGAGCGAAGAUUCAAAGUUCAACCCCCCCUUGGACUUGUCUUGCUGUGAUUGGAUGGCCCCGAUCUCCUGUGGUGGUUUGGAUGGAACCCCAUCGCCUGGAACAAGUGUCCUUUCAACCCCAGUGACUCAGGACAACGGCCCACAGGGUGGUGACCUUUCCUGUCGGAGUGAAUGGGAAGACCCUGCUUCCCCUCUAUCGCCGUGCUUGGUCUCUAACACGUUGUCUGGUGCCAAGCUAAGCAUGGGUGAAGCCGCUUUCCUGGAGGACACAUCUUGUCCCAUCACUAGCCCAUCAGAUCCCGUGCUCAGAGCCAAGGACCCCCCUCACAUGCCGCGCAAGGUGCUGAUGCCAAGUAUCACUGACAGCCCAGAGAGAGCAGGAAAGGAUCGGCUAUGGAAAGGUUGCAGAGAUGCUAUGAGGUUGGACUUCAGCCCGUCUGGUGACUACGAUGUCUCUUUGCCACAUUUUCUUCAGUGUGGUUCCAUUCUGAAUUGUAAGGUAGUACGCCGAUCAUUAAGCUUGCCCGAGGAUAUUUCGGAGAACUGGGAGUGCGGGGUUGGAGAGGCUGAGAUGGCAGCUGGUCCUGAAGUCCAGCUGAAGGCUUUGGGAAGUACUUCACCUGUGGCAGGAACUGAGAAUUCACAAACCUUUAGCAGUGGACAUACUCAGCAACCAAUAUCUAACACGGGGGCAUAUCACCAUGCCACAGACUUGGUAGGCUAUGUGGGUGAUAUGAUGGCAGGUCCCCACGUAUCUGAGGGACUGGCCACACCCAUCAUUACUCACAUGGAGAACUGUGCUUCAAACUCCUUGUACGACACAGAAGCUGAAUUAAGGUCAGCAAAGAGUUGCAAACCUGUGCCCCAUGACCCAAUGAGUUAUACUAGUGAAAAGUCCCACCCACAGCCAAGUAUAAUGGAACUGGCCCGAUCCUCUGUGACAGAAUACAUCCGCAAAUUUAACAAGCUCUCUGUAAAAAGGGGCGGUUUGAAACACAAGUGCCCAGUGAGUUCCAAGCAAACUCCACAACAGCGUUCCGUGCUGAGGUUUGCCCAGCAGGCGAGUACGUUAUUCAGAAGAAAGCCCGAGGGACGGAAGCAACAAGGCACCAGGCAGCCCAUGAGAAGGUCCUUAAGUCUUGAGAGCGCUUUGGAAAUGUGUAGGGACCUAGAGGAGCUGAAGGGUGAUCUCACCACCAAGCAGGGUGUGAUUGUUGCGUCUGAAUCAAAUAAACCGCCAUGUUCAGGUGCUUCGGAGCAAUGCAGGUUUAUCGGUGAUGUCGCAAACUCUGAGAGAGACAUCCAGGCUGAGUCCAGGAGAAGACCUCCCCUGAGGAACAGAGAGACGCCAAUAUCCCCAGAAGUGUCUCGAGGUAGAGUAGAGUCUCAUCACCCCGGCAACAGGUACCCAGCAAUGCACAUGUAUUAAGACUGCUGCCCAGAAAAAUGUUUUGUUUUUAAUGUGAGAUUAUCGUAGGGAUAGUGUUUGUAAUCUGUGGAAAGUGUUUCAUUACAUGUGGAGGCUUGAGAAAAUUUUGCAGUUUUAUUUAGGUGGAUUGGAAGCAAAGUGACUGUCCCAGUUUUUGUGACGAGAUGUUAGUCUUGCCACUCUCAUCAGGU